UCCUGAGAGAGUCAGAUCCGGUGGUUUGGGGUCCGGUCUCGGGUGCACAACAGUGUCGACAUUUACGGGAAGUCAGUGGGUGACUCCGCCCAGCCGAGCUUCUCUGGAACUUCAGUUCCGGGUGCUUUCUGACAGGCUCGAGUCCCGGGCCGGACCCCUCCGCUCGUCUGGAAGUGACGGCUGUCCGUCAGUAUUCGCCUCGUCACGUCGCCAGCCGCCUCUCCGCGAAGCCGUUCGGAUGUUCUGAGUGCGUCGAUGUCUGGUCCCUCUGACCGAGGGCUCCACUCAGGCGGAACAUUGGGACCACCUUCCGAGGAUGCUCUCGAGGCUGACUGGUCAGUCAGGAGAGUCCGCUCGGAGACGAGACGGUCGAGGGAAGCGCGUCACACGACCUGCUCCCACCGUCCGCUGGUCUUCCUCUGGAGACUCCCCGGAGCCUCAGGUUUUGACUCCUCAGCGCCACCAAGUGGUUGCUGGCUCAGCACUGACGGCUGAUGCUCUUGACCGAGUGAUUUCGUCUUAGGAGAUGUUGAGGAGGAGGAGUGUGGGGCAUCAGGUCAUUCGACAUCAGGUUUACUGUUGCUGUCGCCUUGACCCACAGCAGCAAUGGCUCAGUGGACCCACAUCAGCAAGCUGAUCCAGCACCUGCCUGACCACGUGGUGAACAAGCUCUAUCCUGCCGACCGCUUCCCCAUCGAAGUCCGCCACUUCCUGGCCGACUGGAUUGAGAAGCAAAGAUGGGACGACUACACAGUGGACAACGCGGAGCAGGAGCCGAAGGCUCGGGCACUUCUGGACGAGAUCAUCUUCUCCUUGCAGUCCAUUUCCCAGCAGAACACCAACGUGGUGGACCGCAUGAAGCUGAUGCAGAUCAGCCGCAACCUGGCGGUGUUCCAGCAGCGCCCCCUGCAUUUUGCCGUGAUAGUCAGAGAGACACUUCAGAAGGAGAGGGAAGUGCUUCAGGAGGCCUCCCUCCUGCCGCUGCCUCCGAGCUAUCAACCGCCAGAGUCCAUCUUCUCCAGCUCACAGGACGUGGACCAGCUGGUCGCCAAGGUUCACGAGGUUCAGUAUCUUCGACAGAAGAUGCACCAGAUGCAGGAGGACCUUAACUGGGACCGACAGAACUACGAGUCUCUGCAGGCUGCAGCCAUGCAGCCUGGCCGACUGGACCCCGUCAGCCCCCAGGUCCAGAGCCUCCAGAACCACAUUCAGCAGCUGCAGAACAACGUGGACACAUUCUCUGGGAAGCGGUUCCAGCUGCUGCAGGAGAGUGUGGACGCUCUGGACCAGUGUCAGAGCCGCUUCCUGGGAAUGCUGAAGGUCUGGCACUGGGAGCAGUACAAGGCUACGAUCGGUCAGCCCUUCACCGACAACCUCCAUGAGCUGCAGAACAGGUGCGAGCAACUGCUGGACGUCAAUGUCAAGCUGCGACAGGAACUGAUGCUGAUCUCAAAGCCCAUCCCAGAAGUUCAGGAGAGGCUGACCCGGCUUCUGAAGGUGCUGACCCAGAGCUCUCUGGUGGUGGAAAAGCAGCCGCCCCAGGUCAUCAAGACCCAGUCCAAGUUCUCCACCACAGUCCGCUACCUGCUCGGUGAGAAGAUGGCACCAGGGAAGCCAGUGGUCCUGAAGGCCCAGAUCAUCAACGAACUCCAGGCCAAGAACCUGGGAGGAGCUGCCAGUGGCAAUGACAACGUGGAAGGUUUGAUCAACAACACAGCCAUCCUGGAACACAACACCGCCACCAAGAGCACCUGCGCCACCUUCAGGAACAUGUACAUCAAGAAGAUCAAGCGGGCAGACAGGAAAGGAUCGGAGUCUGUGACGGAGGAGAAGUUUGCGCUUCUCUUCUCGUCGGAGAUUUCCAUCACCGGCUGCGACACGCCCUGCAGGAUCCAGAUGAUUUCACUUCCUCUGGUGGUCAUCGUCCACGGCAGCCAGGAGAACAACGCCCUGGCGACCAUCAUAUGGGACUGUGCCUUCUGUGAAGCGGACCGCGUUUCCUUCGUGGUUCCUGAGAGAGUCCCGUGGCGACAGAUGUGCAGCACGCUCAACAGCAAGUUCACCUCCGAGGUGCAGACGCUGCGUCUGCUGGACGACUUCAACCUGCACUUCCUGGCCCAGAAGAUCUUCGACAAGCCGGACUUCAACGGCGACUUCAGCAACAUGAUGGUGUCCUGGUCCCAGUUCAACAAGGAAGUCCUUCCGGGUCGGCUGUUCACCUUCUGGCAGUGGUUUGAAGGAGUGUUGGAACUGACAAAGAAACACUUGAAGAACUACUGGAGCGACGGGCUCAUAUUCGGCUUCAUCGGGAAGCAGCAUCUGCACCUGAUCCUGAACGACCGUCCCAACGGCACGUUCCUGCUGCGCUUCAGCGACUCAGAGAUCGGCGGGAUCACCAUCGCAUACGUGUCUGCCAGUGAGAGUAAGAGAAGCCGGCUCAGAUGUGAUGCGUCCACAGCCAUUCACUCCGCUUGCCUCUCAGCUGGUGGACGGAUGAUCCAGAACAUCCAACCCUUCUCCAAGCGGGACCUCGACAUCCGAAGUCUUGGUGACCGCAUCCGCGACAUCAAGGAGAUCACUCAUCUGUACCCAGAGUUUCACAAAAACGACGUCUUCCGAAGAUACUACUCCGAACCGCAGCAGGUCCGGCGAGGAGGCUACAUCCCCGUCUCGCUGGCCACCAUCGUGGGAACGUCAGUUUGUCUUUGCCAAGCUCAGGAGAAGCCGACUCCUCCAGGUUUUGUGUUUUGUGUUUGCAGGAACGACUCGGAGCAUGAUCCCAACGUGGCGGCUCCACUCGACGCUUCCACAAGUUCACUGGGCUUCCAAUCGCAUCAGUUCCAGCCAGCCUUCAGUCCUCAGCCGAUGCUCUCCAAGGAGCAGAUGGAACCUUCGCUCAUGCCAACCGUGGACUUCAACGCAAACCCCAGCAUGGACUUCCCAGACCUGACCCCCGUCACCAACAUGGACCUGGAAAACCUGCUGACCGAGGCAGAGACGGGAUCCUUUCUGGGAGCAACAGCAGACUUCUAGUGAGAGCAACUCAGCUGCCCACGGCUCCCUGCAUGCUCUGCACUGUACCUUCACGUUUAUAUCGCAGUAUCAGUGUCCCGGGUCGGACCUGGCCCAGCUCACACCACAGCUGAACCUCCACCAGGCUUUUAGCUCGGCCAUAUACCGGCCUAACCUGCCGGCCAAGCGACGGUGGAGACUCGGCCGUGCAUUUUUUCAUGCUUUGCAGACGCCCUCCACACACGGCAACACCGAACUUGAGGCAGAAGUGAGAACUCCACCAGUCCACACACAGCUGUGAGGGGCCCCGCCGAUGAGUGGGGGCCUCAUUCUCACUGGUUGACCGGUCGGCUGAACAGCGGCAGGCCUGCUCUCCAAAACCUUACAGGCUCCAACGGCGUUUCAAAACAUUUGAGACUGUUACUUUUGCUGAUGCUUUUUGUCAAGAGCCAUUGGAUGUCGAGAAAAUAAAGUGGAUGCACACGUGAA